AGAGGAAUUUUUCAUUGAGACUGUUGCCGGCAAGCACAAUGAUAAUAUUGCCUUGGAUCUCUUUCCUGGUGAUCUUGAACGAGGCUUAAAGUUUGUAGAUGACAAGGAAGACAUGUUCCGGAAAUUGGCAAAAGAGCAAGUAAAGCCAUUGAAUGGCCUUGAUAAAGUGAGGGAAUGGACUGAAAGUCGUGGGCUGAAGCGAGCGGCAGUGAACAAUGCUCCAAGAGUUAAUACAGAACUCAUGAUCUCAUUGUUUGGUCUCUCAGACUUUUUUCAUGCUGUCAUUAUUGGUGGAGAAUGUGAACAUGCCGAUCCAAUGCAUGCAUGUACGGGGAGUGAUGCACUGGAAACUUGCGCCUCACCUGAUAUGCCCAAUUCGCUGCCGCCGCCAAUGACAUGACCCAUCUCGUGGGUGCCAUGCUUGACUUGGAGUUCCACGCAGAUUUUGUCAGGCAAUCUCCUCAUUUCGUUGGUGCCUUCCCGGAAUUGGUAGCGAAACCCAAUUCGUGGGUGACUCCCCUGAGAUGGAGAUGCAUAUUGUGGAAAUUAAUUUCAU